UUCACACUUUCGUCUCUCUAUCUCUCUCCUAUCUCAGACUCUCUCAUAGUCAUUGUCGUCUCCUCCAACCCCGAAUAUAUUUCUUUCUCUAUACCUCUCUCUGCAACAAAUCUUUUGUCGAAAACAAAUUCUUUGUGAAAAACAAGACAAACGCCGCCUCUCCAUUUCAAAUACAAGCCAACAUAUAACCUCAGACUUAGACUAAGGCCCUACCAACCAUUGCAUUUACCUUCUUUAAAGACCCAUUUAUUAUUUUUAUUUUUCCAGAAAGCUUUAUUGGGAAGCCGGCAUUGGGUCGGGUUUUGGAGAGUCUAUCAAAAGCUGGGUCCUCGGUUGGAACUAUUAAAAGGGGUGUAAAGUAAUAGUCGCCAUUGAUUGAGUUUUUGAGUAGUUUGGACUUGGUCUCUGUUUUGCUUUGAUUUUUUUGAUGGGUAUUUGAAAUCGUCAGACUUAGAAGCUUUUGUGUCAAUCUUUGCUGAAGAGGGUUGGUUUUCAUAUAGAGUGUUUAUAUCACUGGGUCUCUACAUGGCUUCUGGCUCGAAGCACAGUUUUCCAAACAGAGUUCCAAGUGUUCACCAUAUUCGAGAAACCAGUGAUGACUUAGAUAGUGAUAUGGGAGGUGUUGAAUUCACUACUUAUACCGUUCACAUACCCCUAACACCUGAUAAUCAGCCUAUGGAGAUCGGCAUGGAGAGGUCGGCGUCUCAGCGAGUUGAGGACCAGUACGCGUCGAGCUCGCUGUUUACUGGCGGAUACAACUGCAUCACGCGUGCCCAUUUGAAAGAAAAGGUGAUCGAGUCCGAAAACACUAGCCAUCCCCAGAUGGCUGGCAUUAAAGGGUCGCCAUGUUCUGUUCCGGGUUGUGAUUCUCACGUCAUGGCUGAUGAGAGGGGUUUGGAUAUUGUCCCAUGUGAGUGUGACUAUAAGAUUUGUAGAGAUUGUUACAGGGAUGCUAUCAGAACUGGUGAUGGGAUUUGUCCGGGAUGCAAAGAGCUUUACAAGGACCCGGAUUUGACUGAGCAUGGUGGUGGUCGUGAUGGUAGGCGACAGCCUCUGCCUCUGCCGCCUGCAGCGUUGUCUGCGGCUUUGGCUGGUGGUGGCGCAGGGAUGUCGAAGAUGGAGAGGAGGUUGUCGAUGAUGAAGUCGAAAUCACGGUCAAAUUCGAUGAAUACGAGGAGUCAGAACAAUGACUUUGAUCAUUCUCAAUGGUUGUUUGAGACGAAAGGAAGUUAUGGAUAUGGGAAUGCUAUGUGGCCUAAGGAUUCUGAGAAUGGGAGUGUUGACGGGAAUGGGAUUGCUGGUGAUCCUAAAGUGUUUAGUGAUAAGCAGUGGAGACCACUUACUAGGAAAUUGCAUAUUUCUGCUGGUAUUAUCAGUCCAUAUAGGCUCUUAAUAUUGAUCCGAAUGGUGGUUCUGGGAUUGUUUUUGCACUGGAGAAUCAGAAAUCCUAAUGACGAUGCUAUCUGGUUGUGGUUUAUGUCAGUAAUAUGUGAAAUCUGGUUUGCUUUCUCCUGGCUACUUGACCAGCUUCCAAAACUCUGCCCCAUCAAUCGUGUUACUGAUCUUGAUGUCUUAAAGGAGAAGUUUGAAACACCAAACCCUGGUAAUCCUAGUGGAAAAUCUGAUCUUCCUGGCAUAGACAUGUUUGUAUCUACUGCAGACCCAGAAAAAGAGCCACCUCUUGUCACUGCAAACACUAUUCUAUCUAUUCUUGCAGCUGAGUACCCUGUUGAGAAGCUCGCGUGUUAUGUUUCUGAUGAUGGUGGUGCACUACUAACAUUUGAGGCCAUGGCAGAAGCUGCUAGUUUUGCAAACUUAUGGGUGCCAUUUUGCCGGAAGCAUGAUAUUGAGCCAAGAAAUCCAGAAUCUUACUUUAAUAUGAAGAGAGAUCCUUACAAGAAUAAGGUACGCCGUGAUUUUGUCAGAGACCGCAGGCGGGUAAAGCGUGAAUAUGAUGAGUUUAAGGUUCGAGUUAAUGGACUCCCUGAUUCAAUUCGGCGACGUUCUGAUGCUUAUAACACUAGAGAGGAGAUUAAAAUCAUGAAAAUGAGGCGUGAGCAUGAAAAUGAUGAACUAGAGGAAAAUAUAAAGAUCCCAAAAGCUACAUGGAUGGCUGAUGGAACUCACUGGCCUGGUACUUGGACAGUUCCAACCACAGAGCACUCCAGGGGUGAUCAUGCUAGUAUCAUACAGGUGAUGGUGAAACCUCCCAGCGAUGAACCUUUGACAGGCACAGAAACAGAUUCAAGCUCCAUGGAUUUAACUGAUAUCGACAUUCGACUUCCUAUGCUCGUUUAUGUUUCUCGUGAGAAGCGACCUGGCUAUGAUCACAACAAGAAAGCUGGUGCAAUGAAUGCCUUGGUUAGAGCUUCUGCCAUCAUGUCCAAUGGGCCAUUCAUUCUUAACCUUGACUGUGAUCACUACAUCUACAACUCACAAGCCUUGAGAGAAGGCAUGUGCUUCAUGAUGGACCGUGGUGGUGACCGAAUUUGUUAUGUUCAGUUUCCUCAGAGGUUUGAAGGAAUUGACCCCUCUGAUCGUUAUGCUAAUCACAACACUGUUUUCUUUGAUGUCAACAUGCGUGCCCUGGAUGGGCUUCAAGGUCCAGUUUAUGUAGGAACAGGAUGCCUCUUUCGCCGGACUGCUCUAUAUGGUUUUGAUCCUCCUCGAACAAAAGAACCUACCAGUUGUUGUGACUGUUUCUUUACCCGUCGUAGAAAGUCUGCUUCUGUUGCUUCUGCUCCUGACGUUGCCUCCAUAGAAAGCAAAUCAGUAGACACUGAUGAUGAAGAGAUGAACAUUGCUCUUAUUCCCAAGAAAUUUGGAAACUCUAGCUUACUGGUUGAUUCUAUUCGGGUGGCUGAAUUCCAAGGCCGGCCUCUUGCAGAUCACCCUUCAGUGAAAUAUGGGCGACCGCCAGGUGCUCUCACUCUUCCUCGUGAUCUUCUUGAUGCAUCCACAGUCGCUGAGGCAAUAAGUGUCAUUUCAUGCUGGUAUGAAGAUAAGACUGAAUGGGGUCUAAGAGUUGGAUGGAUUUAUGGCUCAGUUACAGAAGAUGUUGUCACUGGAUACAGAAUGCACAACAGAGGAUGGAGAUCUGUCUACUGUGUAACCAAAAGAGAUGCCUUCCGUGGAUCUGCCCCGAUUAAUCUCACUGACCGGCUUCACCAGGUCCUUCGGUGGGCUACUGGCUCUGUUGAAAUUUUCUUCUCUCGGAACAAUGCUCUUCUGGCCAGCUCUAAGAUGAAGUUUCUUCAAAGGAUUGCCUACUUAAACGUCGGAAUAUACCCCUUUACAUCCAUUUUUCUCAUUGUCUACUGCUUCCUUCCUGCCCUUUCAUUGUUUUCUGGCGAGUUUAUUGUUCAGUCACUCAACAUAACCUUCCUGGUAUACCUAUUGGGUAUCACACUGACUCUCAUUGCUCUUGCCGUGCUUGAGAUAAAAUGGUCUGGGAUUGAACUAGAGGAAUGGUGGAGAAAUGAGCAAUUUUGGUUAAUUGGAGGCACAAGUGCUCAUCUCGCAGCAGUGCUUCAAGGCCUUCUCAAGGUGAUAGCUGGUAUCGAGAUCUCAUUCACUUUAACAUCGAAAUCUGGUGGAGAUGACUUGAAUGAUGAGUAUGCUGAUCUUUACAUCUUCAAAUGGUCGGCCCUGAUGGUACCGCCAAUCACCAUCAUGAUGAUAAACUUGAUUGGAAUAGCUGUUGCAGUUUGCAGAACAAUAUACAGUGCCAUACCAGAGUGGAGCAGCUUGCUUGGAGGUGUGUUCUUCAGCUUUUGGGUCUUGGCUCAUCUUUACCCCUUUGCAAAGGGGCUCAUGGGAAGACGAGGUAGGACACCAACUAUUGUUUUUGUAUGGUCUGGUCUUGUGGCAAUCACUAUUUCUCUCCUUUGGGUGGCCAUUAACCCUCCAUCAAAUAAUGACCAAAUUGGGGGCUCAUUCCAGUUCCCUUGAAUACAUAUACAGUUGUCAUUUUUUUCUUUUUUAUUAAACAGUUUUAUUAUGUGUCCAAUUGAUAUUCGAGUUCUUGGCAGGCAUAUGUAGAUGUAAAUUGUUCCUCCUAUCAUUUCUACUCUUGUAAUUGUUUGUCCAUGGGAAUUUUUUUACAUGUAUUCAUCUAUUCAUUCUUUCUGAAUUAUUACAGUAUACAUUUACACUAUAAAAAUUAGAGCCGAUUAAUUCCA